ACGUCGUACACUGAACAAUUGGUCUAUUUAUACGGAUUCACGCACUUUCAUCUCCAUUCCUUCUCGACAAAGGACUACAGGAGAUAAAUAGAGCUUUCGAAUUCGAAGUCUCUGAUCAAAUCAAUAAUCCGACUGAAAUUAACAAGAAACCAAGGUAAGAGAGAUUAGGGCGGAGAAGAAUGUCCACGGAUUUGAUUCUGAAGCCAUCAUGCAGCGGCUGCGGAUCGUCGUCGGAGCUGUACGGAAGCACCUGCAAGCACUUGACUCUCUGCGUGUCGUGCGGCAAAACCAUGGCCGAGAACAAGGGCACCUGCAACAAGUGCGGCACUCCAAUCACUCGAUUGAUUCGGGAAUACAAUGUUCGAGCAUGCUCUACUAACGACAAGAAUUAUUUCAUUGGGAGAUUUGCUACGGGGUUGCCAAAUUUUUCAAAGAAGAAGAAUGAGAACAAGUGGUCUCUGCAGAAAGAAGGUUUGCAAGGACGCCAAGUAACAGAUACUUUACGGGAGAAGUUCAAGAAUAAACCAUGGUUAUUGGAGGAUGAAACAGGCCAGUCUCAGUACCUUGGUCAGCUUGAGGGUGCACAAUCAGCAACAUAUUACCUACUAAUGCUGCAGGGUAGAGAGUUUGUUGCCAUUCCUGCUGGGUCCUGGUACAACUUCAACAAAGUUGCACAAUACAAGCAGCUUACUCUAGAAGAAGCAGAAGAGAAGAUGAAAAACAGAAGGAAAACUGCUGAUGGGUACCAAAGAUGGAUGAUGAAAGCAGCAAAUAACGGACCUGCUGCCUUUGGAGAAGUCGAAAAGUUUGAUGACAAGGAAAGUGGAGGUGGUGGUGGUAGGGCUCGCAAGAAAUCCGGUGACGAUGAGGAGGGCAAUGCCUCAGAUCAUGGAGAAGAAGAUGAAGAAGAUGAAUCUGCAAGGAAAAAUAGGUUAGGACUCAACAAAAGAAGUGGUGAUGAUGAUGAAGAGGGACCAAGAGGUGGUGAUCUUGAUCUGGAUGAUGAUGAUAUUGAAAAAGGUGAUGAUUGGGAGCAUGAAGAGAUAUUUACAGAUGAUGAUGAAGCUGUUGGAAAUGAUCCUGAGGAAAGGGAAGAUUUGGCUCCUGAAAUCCCUGCUCCUCCAGAAAUUAAGCAGGAUGAAGAGGAUGAGGAUGAAGCUGAUGAAGAAGGAGGAGGGGGUUUGAGCAAAUCAGGUAAAGAGUUGAAGAAACUCCUUGGGAAAGCUAACGGGAUGAAUGAGUCAGAUGCAGAGGAUGAUGAUGAAGAUGAAGAGGAAGAAGAUUUCUCAUCACCUGUAUUAGCUCCAAAGCUGAAAGAUACUCCUAAAGAGGAACCGGUUGAGACCAGCAGUCCUGCAAAACCACCUGCUUCUGGAUCCAAUCGAACAACCCCCUCAACUUCAAAGUCAGCAAAGGCUAAAAGAAAAGCUAAUGGAGACGAGCCAAAAUCUGCUAAUGGUGCUCCAUCGAAAAAAGUCAAGACGGAAACUGAUGCAAAGUCUGUGAAAGAAGAAGUUCCAUCUGCUGCAAAGAAUAGUGCAACCAAGGGUGCAUCAUCAUCAUCAUCUGCGAAAACUGCUUCAACACCUUCCACUGGACCUGUCACUGAAGAUGAAAUCAGAGCUGUUCUGCUGCAGAAAAAACCAGUCACCACUCAGGACCUUGUUAACCAAUUUAAAUCACGACUAAAGUCUAGAGAGGACAAGGACACUUUCGCGGCUGUACUGAGGAGAAUAUCCAGGAUACAAAAGACCAAUACGGCCAGCUAUGUAGUGUUGAGAGAGAGGGCUAACCAAUAGGCCAAUGAUGAACAACACAAUGAUCCUGACUUGAUGGAUUCUCCAACCUCCACUGGUGAUACUAGCUGAAAAUGCAAGAGGGCGAUGUAGUGAGUUAAUUUUUAUUUUAUUUAAAAAAACAAUUUAUUAUUGAUUAGAACGGAAAGGGAGAAACAAGAAAGUAACUUUUUUUUAGAUAGGCCGGAAAAGUGGCCACAAAAUCUUGCCCCGCUCGUCAUGAGCUUGUGUACCGGUAUGUACCUACAGCCGGUGGGUUGUUUCAUUGUGUGCUUUUCUUGUUAAGUACACCUUUGUAGCUUAUUAUGUAAUUUGGCACCCUACUAAUACUUAAUAAUGUUAUAAACCUCAGCCUGUCUGGUGGUCAUUUAUACCUAUCUUAACUAA